AUGCUAGCUAAUACUAAUAUUAAUAUUCCAAACUAUACGAUGAAUCACAUAGGGCUAACGAAUCCUUCCACUCAAAAUAUGGAAGCAAGAAGUACAAGAAGUUUAAGUAUGAAUAACCAAAUAACACCCACUGGCUUGGGCAUUUCAAUGGGUCCAUCUAACCUACAAGCUCAACAAGAUGUAAGUAACCACCGUUCAAGCAACGGUGGCUCUAUAUCGUAUCAAUUCGAAAAUCCACAGGAUCAGUGGAGAUUUCAAUCUCAAAUACCUCAGCAAGUACAACUUUCUACCGCUUUACCUACAAUACAAGACCACCCAUCUAUAAGGUCGCAGGCCAGUGCUCCUUACUAUUAUUACUACUACGGCGCCGCUCCUGUUUUACAGCAACAGCAGCAACAGCAACAACCACUACCCAAUGAUCCUUAUCGUAAUCAACAAUAUUAUUACAAUACUGGAUAUCCAAACCAAUAUCAAAUGCAGCCAGCUGUUCUUACUCAAGGCAAUCAUCCAGCCUUGCAUCCAGGCGAAUUCGCUAGAAAAUCGUUCAGCGUCCCUUCCCAAUUAGAUGCAUUUUCAUCAAGGCCUUUAUUACCAAUCUCAAAAUUAGGUGAUUAUAAUACAAGUACGAAACAAUACUUAAAACCACGUAUGAUCACUACAAUGUGGGAAGAUGAAAAGACUCUUUGCUACCAAGUUGAGGCUAACGGCGUCUCUGUGGUACGUAGAGCUGAUAAUGAUAUGAUUAACGGUACCAAACUAUUAAACGUUACCAAGAUGACAAGAGGUAGAAGAGAUGGUAUCUUAAGGGGUGAAAAAGUAAGAAAUGUCGUUAAAAUUGGCUCCAUGCACUUAAAAGGAGUCUGGAUUCCCUUUGAAAGGGCCUACUUAAUUGCUCAAAGAGAAAAAAUUGUAGAUCUUUUAUAUCCUCUCUUCGUUAAAGAUAUUAAAGGCCUCCUAAAACAAACUUCUUCAUCCUCGAUGCCUACAAAUCAUUCAUUAGAACCUUCUUUACCUUUUAAUGAAAAUGAGACAAGUAACACUCAUUACGCUACUUCUUCACCGCAGAUCAUGCCUGGAUCUACCGAUUCUAAUUCUUACUCGCCAAAGAACACUUUACAUGCAGAGCCUUUCCCACAACCACAGCGACUACAACAACAUUCACUGAUCCAAGACUAUACUCCACCUGCAUCCGCUCCACCAUUGGCCAAUUUAACUGAAAAUUCUAUAAGACUUCCAAGAAUCUCCACUUCAAGUGAACCAUCUGAUAUUCCUAGUGGAAAUCAUGGUGAGGUAUUAAUUAAACAUGCCUCAUUGUCUUCAAGUAGUGAUAACUCUUCUGUUUUAUCAAGUUAUCAUAGAAUAUCUAGUAUCGUAUCACCAGAACCAUCACCAGUAUCAUCCCAAGUGGAUCAGGGAAAACAGGAUCAUGAUAAUGGUGAGACGAUGCAAAAUUCAGUCAAGAAAUCAGAUCUCCUGAAUAUAAUGAACAACAGCGAGUUGAACAAGGCAAAUGCAGAGAUCAACACAGAGCCAGCAAAAUCUGCAGCUAAUGUUAUUGAACAAGUCGCCUCCAACUAA